AUGGAGCGCCGAAAGACCAACUACCUGCUUCAUGGGGGACUCGAUGAGGAUGAAGAAAAACUGAAUGGUGCAAAGGCACAGAUGCUUUUGCCGGCUGGAGAGGGGAGAAAUGAGGAAGCGAGUGGACAGGGCCAGCCUGGGCGGGAAGCCGCAGCAGCGGAAGGGGAAAGAGCCGGAGAAUUAAGUGGAGAAGGUCCCUCGGCUGCUGAUGCUGCAGGCCUCAUAGAUAAUUUGAGCCAGAAGGACCAUGGCACCAGCGGCAGCGACCAAGAGAAUGAGAAGCAGCCAAAGCAGCCAGUUGGAGAGGGCCCGCGGGUUGCAGAAAGUGUGCAGCCAGUGUCGGUGCUGGUGCGCCAGCGUUGCUUCCACUACAAGUUCCGCCAGUGGCAGUUGCAGGAGCUCGAGCGGAUUUUCCAGCAUAGUCACUACAUCAGUGCAGAAGUAAGAAAACAGCUGGCAAGAUGGAUAGGUGUGACUGAAGCUAGAGUUCAGAAUUGGUUUAAGGGGAGACGAGAACAAUACAGGAGAGAUCAGAAGCUAUAA